AUAGAAAUAAGUUUAGGGGAUUUUUUUUUGUCUCCAAGAGAUAUCUAUGUACCCAACACACAAUUAUUUUUUUAUCAUUUUAGUUCCUCUCUCUCAUAUCUGAAAAAAAUCUCUGCAGGAGCAUAUAUUGCAAAAGGUAACAGUGGGAGGAGUGUUUAAAUUGUUUAAAUAAAGACCAUGCUAUUCCUGGCCCCAAACUCUUGAAAUUGUACCUUACAUAUAGUUGACACAUUCCUCUUGAGUGCAAAGUAACAAGCAAGCUACCUCCCGAUUUUAACUACUUUUUAAUUUAAAAACUGACACACACACAUCCAUCUCAUUCAUCCCCAUCCAAUUUUAGACAAUGGAACUACUGCCAGAACAUUAUCCGGGGAAUAGAUCUAAAAGAAACCGCUAAAAAGAAGAAUUAGAAACAAUAACUGAAAGGAAACAGCAAGGAGUAAGUUCAAAGGAAUGUCUAAAUUCAAAGGGAACUUCCUUGCCAUUGUGGGAGACCAUAGACUGGGAAGGGGGACUAGAAAAAAAUAUGCAAAGCCAAUGAAUAGGCACGUGCAGGGCAGGUGCCACCACGGGCAGAGACAAUAGACAGAGUGUCCCUUCCCUGUAAGGAAGGGUGGAGAUGGAUACACAGCAUCCUUUCUUUGCAAUGAAUGAGGCCGCCUGCUUGCAAGUCAGUGAAUGCUUUUGAAUUUGCAUUUUGAAUGCUAGCCUUCAAGCACAUCCAUUAAAAAAAAUGAGUGGCAUGGGAUGUUUUUAUUUUUCUAUCCUGGUAGAUGCUUUUACUGCAUAUUUUCAAAUAAGGGGAGGGGGAAGAAUCAGGAGAAGAUGCAGGAACCAACUCCACCAUUCAUUUGCCAGGUGCCAGGAUGGGAAAGCAUUUUUCCCCCUCCUAUUUAGGAAAGAGAAGGCAACGGAGGUCCCUCAGAUCGGUGUCAAAGGUGAAUACGGCACGGAGUCUUAGGGACUGGUAAAGCGAUUUCUUGUCGCAUAAACUUGUGUUAACGCCAGCGCCUCAGGAACGACGGCCAGGACAGGACUGAGGACAGGACUGAGGAAAGGGAGGCUGGUGAGGAGAGGAAAGGAGAGUUUGGUCCAGAGGGAUGGGGUUUUUGAAGUAAAGGACGGGUGCGGACCCGAACGAGUCCCAGAAACGAGAGGAGGUCCCGGGCCAGGCGAUCGCUAACAGAGGACGAGCCGCAGGAGGAAGGCAACGCUGUGGGUUGGGGGGUGACCAGUGACCUAGCAAAAUGUAGCUCUGCGCAAAGGAGAGCGCGCGCCAGCCGUCGGCGGGAAGGAGUUGAGGAGAGCUUCGCUGAAGCGGCUUUGAAACGAAGCGGAGGCCGGGCAAGGUGCCGACUACAGAAACUCAACAGGGAGAGUGGGGCAUGGGGGGGGCUCUUCUGUGGAGAAGCAUCAAUCAAUCAAUCCAGCGGGACUCCCCCAGGAGGGUUGGCGAAUGAGCCGCGCGCGAGGGCUUUACAAGUUAAGCAGGGCUCAAAUGCCAGGAGCAAAAGCAAGCGGAGAAAGGCUGGAGAUAUGGCUAUGGAGGAUGGGUUCAAUUGGAGAAAGACCAUAAGGGGGAAGCCAAAAUGAUGAAAGAUGGGAAAGUUUUCAGAGUUAUCCAAGAGAACUGUUGGGAUCCAGAAGUUCGGAUUAAACAGAUGGACAAAUCAGGAGUCUCCGUUCAGGUACUUUCGACGGUUCCUGUCAUGUUUAGCUAUUGGGCUAAACCACAGGAUACUCUAGACUUGUGUCAGUUGUUAAACGACGACUUAGCUGCUACAGUAAAGAGGCACCCAAAAAGAUUCGUUGGACUUGGCACUCUCCCCAUGCAAGCUCCAGAUCUGGCCGUGAAGGAAAUGCACCGCUGUGUGAAGGAACUUGGAUUUCCAGGGGUGCAGAUAGGAUCCCAUAUCAACAACUGGGAACUGAGCGCUCCAGAACUUGCUCCCGUUUAUGCCGCUGCUGAACAAUUAAACUGCUGCCUCUUUGUGCAUCCUUGGGACAUGCAGACAGAUGGAAGGAUGUCUAAAUACUGGCUUCCCUGGCUUGUAGGCAUGCCCACUGAAACAACCAUUGCCAUUUGCUCCAUGAUUAUGGGAGGAACUUUUGAACGCUUCCCCAAUCUGAGAGUUUGCUUUGCCCAUGGAGGUGGUUCCUUUCCUUAUACAGUAGGACGUAUCUCCCAUGGAUUCACAGUGAGACCUGACUUGUGUGCAAUCCAUAACAACAUUGAUCCACGUCAAUACCUUGGUUCAUUCUACACAGAUUCACUGGUUCAUGAUGACCAUGCACUGAGGUUGCUGAUAAACAUAAUAGGAAAGGAGAAAGUGAUGUUGGGAACAGAUUAUCCAUUUCCACUUGGGGAACAUGAGCCUGGAAAACUAAUUGAAUCUAUGGAGGACUUCGAUGAGCAAUUAAAAGAGAAACUCAAGUCUGGCAAUGCUCUUUCAUUUUUGAAUAUUGACAGAAAACAAUUUGAGUAAUAACAACUGCUGUAAUUAUAUAUCAACAUCUUUAGGUUCUGAAGGACAACCAUAAACCUCAUCUUCAUAUUUAUGCAGUAUCAUGCCAAUUUCAGGUUAUAUACAUGUGCUGAAAACCUGAAUCCAAGUUGUAAUAAAACCUUAUAAAAGUUGUAUGAGCUAAGAACUUUUUGAGAAGUUAUAUAGUUGUAAGAAUUUUUCUUGUUAUAUAUGGAAUGAAUCAUUUCAGCAUGACAUCAAUGAAUGAUUAUCACUUAAAUUUAGAAAUUUGCCUCUCUUACACAAAGUUUGUACUGUUACACAAAGAGUUGGAGAAUUUAUUUAUUUAUAUCCAGCCUUUUCAAUUUUAAAAAUA